UUUUCUUGGCCUUCUUCGCUGCCGGCGAGCUCCUUCGGUGACCAUGUCGAAGUCCGAAUGGUGUUGCUUUUGCUGCUGUGGCUUAAUCCUCAUUCUCGGCAUCACAGCUGUCUGCCUGUGGAACCCACCGCCCGUGUCCAUGCCCAGUUGCUCUAUCCAGCAAUUCUACCUCCCAGCACUCAACAGAUCUUCGGACACUCCCGCGAACACCACCAUUUUCUUGGACGUGAAGCUGAGCAACGGCAACCACGCGAGGGGCAUUCACUACGACCCCGUGAACCUCACCGUUUAUUACUACAGUGAUACGAAUCAGACCAAGUGGCUCAAGACCAUUCCUGGAUUUUACCAGGGGUAUGGGAAGAAGGCCACGAAGAAUGCAAGUGUGGAGACUUUUGGGGUGAAUUGGACUGAUGUUGUGGCCAAGAACGAGUCUUUGCUCUUUAGGGUGGAUUUGGCCACUGCAUUGAAGUUGAAGACCUUGGUUUCGAAGACCAAGAAGUAUAAGUUAAUGGUGGGUGCUAAUGUGACUCUCAAUGAUGAGGGUGCUAAGAACACCACGAAGGGUAUCGAGCUAAAGUCUGGGGUAUGUAAGAAUUUGGGGGGUUCUAGCUUUUGGCGAGUGGGGAUUUCUGUUGUUGCUUUAGCUUUGAUUUUGCUUGACUAAGGGCUGAGUUGGACUCUUCCUUGUGUGGGGAGGGUUGAGAAUGAGAUUGAUUUUACCGGUAAUAUUUUAUAGUGGGCAGUGCUGGUUAGUGUUUGCAUG